AUGCUCGACGAUGAUUGGAAUAUGAAUCACACUUACUUGUUCCGACAUUUACUUCCGAGAAGGAAUGAGAUUUUGAACUAUAUUCACGAAUGGAGAGCAUUGAAUAGCAAGAAUGAUGAAGAAAUAUCACCACUGACCGAGAGGAUGGAAGAAAUUUUUAAAUUUUGGACAAAUUUUGACAACACUUCAUCCGAUACUUUGAAAUAUCCAUCAUUAAUUAUUGUGCAAGAAAUUAUGAAAUUAAUUUUGGAAUUUUUAAAUGAAUUUUCAUUCUUGUUUACUUUUGUAAAUUCACAAAAUGGGGAUGCCUAUGGCUCGAGCAAAGUACAAGACCACACUGACAGAGAAAGAGACAAUCAUUUACUUUACUUUUUAUGGAAAGAUAAUUAUUCAACAAGAGUUCCCAAAGCAUGGAGAGAAUAUUUAGAGAAAUGCUCAGAUAUUCAAUUGAUAGAAUUGAUGAAUUUCACGCAACAAGAAUAUCACCAGCAAGAAGACUUCCAAAACUACACAGCCCAAUAUUUCUCAGACAAUACAAUACCAUCAUCAUUUAGACGUUUUGUUCUUGGAUGCAAACUAUUGAGAUUCCACAAAGUCAUUCUACCAAGCGCUAAAGAAAUUGUGAAAUAUUUGACAACGGAUGAAACAAAUCCAAAGCAAUGCUUCAAUGAUUCCGACUCGUCGAGUGUGUUACAUUGUCAGUACACCUCCUCGGAAUGUCAAAAUACAGAGCUCUUGAGACACAUGUCACCAAAAAAAAUUCAUGAAAUUGAGAGAUUAGCUGAAUUUAUUAGCACGUUUUCACAACAUACAUUUUCCUCGAAAUUGGAUAAUGAUGACAAUGAACAAAUACCCACCAUUCUAGAUAUUGGAUCAGGAAAAGGAUACCUUUCUCACGUACUCUUUGCCAAAUAUGGACUAAACAUCAUUGCUGUCGAUCAUAAUGAGCAGCUAGUUCAAAAAAUUCAAGAAAAAACAAAAAAAUUCGACAAAUCAACCAGUCUCCGUUCAAAGCAAAACAAACAGCAGAAAAAUCAACUCAAAGCAAUUUCUUCUCACUUGGAAUGCAACAGAGAGCAAUUGUCAAAAAUGGUCAAUCAAAUGUUAGAAACCACUCGCUCGAUUUAUCAGCACGAUGACAGAAAUGGUGGAAAUAAUUGUAUUGUUGGUUUGCAUACAUGUGGAGAUUUAACACCCAUACUUUGUGACAUGUAUUUGAAUGACACCGUAUAUACCAAGCAGAACAAGUCAUUGAUUCAUUCUUUGGUGAAUGUUGGAUGUUGUUAUCACAAACUCACUGAAACGUACCAUGUACAAAAAGAUGCAGGCCAGGUCAACAUUCACUCGGACUCUUCACAAGCAUUGACUCACUUCCACGGCUUUCCUCUUACAUCGUUUGUCAAUAAUUAUAUUACAUGCAAUCUGAAUGGAUUUCAAUUAACACGUUCUGGUCUAAUUCUUGGAUGUACGGAAAACAAUAUUUGGAAUGUGAGAAAUGUUACUAAUGGAGACAAUCACGAAACAUCGAGAAACACAUCUUACAAAGUGCAAGAGUACUGGAAAAGAAAUGCAUUUCGAUGUGCCAUGGAAUAUUUCUUACAUGAGUAUGUGGAAAAGAAAACAAUUCCUCCAACAAUACGUCGACCAGUAGUUUAUAGUUUUGGAAGUAUAUCAGAUAACAAUUUGAAAAGUUCAACUUUUGCAACAGAUCACAAUGGUCACAAUGAAGACACAGAUUUUUCCAAAUAUGCAACAAGUGUGUUAGUGAGACUCUAUCAAACCAAAACUCUAGAUCCAUUGCUUCAUGAACAAGAAAUCAUUGACAUGGCCAGUACUCAACAUUUUACAGCCUCUUUCAAACAACAAUUGAAUCAUUUCUAUUAUCAGCAAUGCCAUGGAAAUCAUGAAACGUCACAAAUUAAGAGUGUAGACAUUUUCUGGACACUGCGAAGUAUGAUAGGGCCAGUCAUUGAGUGCUUGAUACUAUUGGAUCGAUAUUUAUUUUUGAGUGGAACAUCACGCGGUGGUGUGCAAGCAGAUUUAGUUCAGUUGUUCGAUGAAGAUAUUUCUCCACGAGGAAUUGCCUUAUUUGCCUAUAAAAAGUAG